AUGCGUAAAAUGACACGUCUUCCGGCGCCGUAUGGAGAUUGUGUUCCAGAUGGAAAGACUCCUGACUAUAUCUACAAGAACUACGAGUACUCGGUCGAGGGUUGCUAUCGAUCAUGCUUCCAACAGCUUGUUCUCAAGGAGUGCAAAUGUGGUGAUCCACGUUUCCCAGUGCCAGAAGGUGUAAAACAUUGCGAAGCAGCUGAUCCAGUUGCCAGAAGAUGUCUCGAUGCACGGCUUAACGAGUUGGGAGGUCUGCAUGGUUCAUUCAGAUGCAGGUGUCAGCAGCCAUGCAGACAGUCGAUCUACUCGGUAACGUAUUCGCCGGCAAAAUGGCCAUCACUCUCGCUACAAAUCCAGCUCGGCUCAUGUAAUGGGACAAACGCCGAAUGUAACAAACACUACAAGGAGAACGGUGCUAUGGUUGAAGUAUUUUAUGAACAGUUGAACUUCGAAAUGCUCACCGAAUCCGAGGCUUAUGGAUUCGUCAAUCUGCUUGCCGAUUUUGGUGGUCAACUCGGCCUGUGGUGUGGGAUAUCUUUUCUGACCUGUUGCGAAUUCGUUUUCUUUUUCUUCGAGAUGACCUACAUGAGUGCCGAAUACAACUGGGCGCUCUAUAAGAAGAAACGAGCGGAGAAAGAGAAGCAGAAAGGGCUCAUUUAG